GCUCCUCCCACACUGGAAAUCAUAAUCAUUGAAGCUCCUCCCACAACAAUCACAUCAUCAGCUCCUCCCACAGCAGUUCUCCAAUAAAUGCUGGAAUAUUCCCAUCAGACGAGCAUCAGAGCAUCAGGAAGAGCUGAAAUCUGCAAAGGCUGAGUUUAUUAAAGAGGACAGUGAGAACAUGAGUGAUCCAGAACCCUGCAGAAUGAAACACACUGAAGAUACUGAAGAACAAAGAGACCUGAUGGAAGUGAAGGAGGAGAGUGAAGAACUGAGUGAAGUGGAGGAGGAACAUCAUGACAAACCUGGAGAAAAACCUUUGAGUAGCUCAAAGACUAAAAAGACAUUUUUAAAGAAAAGAAGAGCAAAGAAAUCUACAACCUGCACUCAGUGUGGAAAGAGUUUCACAACCAAACAAAGUCUUGAGCAUCACAUGAGGAUCCACACUGGAGAGAGACCGUUCACAUGUGAUCAAUGUGGGAAGAGUUUCACAUACAAACGAAGUCUUGAUGUUCACAUGGUAGUUCAUACAGGAGAGAAGCCGUUCAAUUGUGAUCAGUGUGGAAAGAGAUUCUCAAAAAAACAUCAUCUUGAUGUUCACAUGAGGAUCCACACUGGAGAGAAGCCGCAUGUAUGCCAUCAAUGUGGGAAGAGUUUCACCCGAUCAGAACACCUUAAAGAACACAUGAAAAUCCACACUGGAGAGAAGCCGUUCACAUGUGAUCAAUGUUGGAAGAGCUUCACAAAAUCAGCAAACCUUAAUGUUCACAUGAUGAUCCACACUGGAGAGAAGUCGUUCAUAUGUGAUCAGUGUGGGAAAACAUUUCUUGGGUCAUCAGCUCUGAAGAUACACCUGACAGUUCAUACGAAGGAGAAGCCACAUUCAUGUUCUGUGUGUGGAAAGAGAUUUUCACAGCGGAAAUAUUUACAGAGACAUGAGAAAAUUCACACUGGUGUAAAAGCUUAUAUGUGCUUUGAGUGUGAGAAGACUUUUACUGCAGCAAACAGUUUAAAACGGCACCAGAUUAUUCACACUGGAGAAAAACCUUACAAGUGUUCACACUGUGACAAGAGAUUCAGUCGGUCAGCAAAUCUGAAAACACAUGAGAGGAUCCACACUGGAGAGAAACCGUUCACAUGUGAUCAGUGUGGAAAGAGUUUUACUUUUAAAAAUAACCUGAAGAUACACAUGAAGAUCCAUGCAGUGGAGAAACCACAUCCCCACAGUCUGAGAUCACAACCUACCAGAAAGCAUCUGGAAGGAGAGGACAGGGAGAUCCAGUGAUCCAGAACCUGCAGAUGAAACAUCAUGAUACUGAAGAACAAAGAGGUUGUGUCAAUGAGUGAUUUGACAAACAAACAUCAUCCAAAGUUCAUCUCCAGGAAUUUGUGUUAAUUUUCUGAAUGAAUUUGUGUCACUGAGUUCUCUUUUAUGAAGGAAAUUAGUAGUUAUCGUUCAUUUGUAUUUUCUGCUGAUUCUCCUUGAAUCAGGAAUAUUUUUAGCUCUGAAAGCCAUGAAGUAGCUUGUUAUGAUUGCUUUUUGAGCUUUUCAUGUUUUUAAUUUUCUUAGUAGAGCUUUUAAAUGCCUAAUAAAUUAUAUUUCACUGCACACAUGACUGUCAUUGAAUGAGAUUGUUGUCUGUCUACAUUAUUAA